AUGCCUCGUAGUCGCGGUGGCGGUGGUGGUCGUGGUAGUCGCCAAACCCCCCUCCGUGGAUUUCCGUCCGAGCGCCGCCCCGGUACCACGUCGCACGCGCACCCGCAGCAGCCGAACGGCGUCACGAACAUCUACGUUCAGCGUCCGAUGGCCGGCGGUGGCGGUAGCGGCAUCCUCGGCACGAUGGCGGCCGUCGCCGGUGGCAGCGUGCUGGGCCACGGCAUCAGCAACUACCUCUACGGCCACGGCAACCAGGCGCCGACGCAGCCGGCAGAGGCGCAGCAGCUGGCGCAGGCCGCGCAGCAGGAGGGGCACGUCUGCACGUCGCAACUUGUGGGCUACUCCAAGUGCCUUGAGGCGAACCCCGAGUCCGCCGACAGCUGCAGGUGGGCGUGGGACUACUUCACGCAGUGCCAGAGAGAGCACCCGAUGCAGCCUCCACAGUAG